CCCAGGCUGCUCUGCGCCGGCAGCGCUCCGCGCGAUUGGCUGCGCUGCCCCACGUGAUGCCGGGGUGGCGGCAGCGGUUGCCCGGGUGACGGCUGCCGAGGUGGCGGCCGGGCUGGGUGAGCGCGAGUGUCCGCGGCCGAGCAGCAGAGAUUUUUGCUGUGAGAACUAAUUACCAGUAACAGUUCAAUAUGGGGGACAUUCUGGCUCAUGAAUCUGAAUUACUUGGACUAGUGAGAGAGUAUUUAGAUUUUGCUGAAUUUGAAGACACCUUGAAAACAUUUUCAAAAGAAUGCAAAAUAAAAGGAAAACCAUUGUGUAAAACAGUAGGUGGAUCUUUCAGAGACUCGAAAUCAUUGACAAUUCAGAAGGAUCUUGUUGCUGCAUUUGACGACGGAGACCAGAAGGUGUUCUUCAGUCUGUGGGAGGAGCAUAUUCCUAGUUCCGUCCGAGAUGGGGACUCCUUUGCCCAGAAGCUGGAAUUCUAUCUCCACAUCCAUUUUGCCAUCUAUCUUCUGAAGCACUCUGUGGGGAGACCGGACAAAGAGGAGCGGGAUGAAAAGAUUUCUUACUUCAAAACCUACCUGGAGACCAAAGGGGCAGCCUUGAGCCAGACCACAGAGUUUCUUCCUUUCUAUGCCCUUCCUUUUGUUCCCAACCCUAUGGUGCACCCCUCAUUUAAAGAACUCUUCCAGGAUUCCUGGACUCCAGAGUUAAAGUUGAAGUUGGAAAAGUUUCUAGCUUUAAUAUUUAAAGCCAGCAACACGCCAAAGCUUUUAACAAUAUAUAGGGAGAAUGGACAAAGUAACAAAGAAAUGUUGCAGCAGCUCCACCAGCAGCUGGUUGAAGCUGAACGUAGGUCAAUGACAUACCUCAAACGGUACAAUAAGAUCCAGGCCGACUACCACAAUCUUAUUGGAGUCACAGCAGAACUCGUGGAUUCUCUAGAGGCCACAGUCAGCGGCAAGAUGAUCACCCCCGAGUACCUCCAGAGCGUCUGUGUCCGCCUGUUCAGUAACCAGAUGCGGCAGAGCCUGGCGCACAGUGUGGACUUCACGAGGCCUGGGACGGCAUCUACCAUGUUACGAGCUUCCUUGGCACCCGUGAAAUUGAAGGAUGUCCCAUUACUGCCGUCCUUGGAUUAUGAGAAACUGAAGAAGGAUUUGAUUUUGGGGAGUGACCGCUUGAAAGCCUUCUUGUUGCAGGCUCUACGCUGGCGCUUGACCACAUCCCAUCCCGGAGAGCAGAGGGAGACCGUUCUGCAGGCCUACAUCAGCAACGACCUCUUGGACUGUCAUAGCCACAACCAGAGGAGUGUGCUUCAGUUGCUGCACUCCAAGAGUGACGUGGUGCGGCAGUACAUGGCCAGGCUCAUCAAUGCUUUUGCGUCACUGGCAGAAGGUCGCCUCUACCUUGCCCAGAACACAAAGGUGCUACGGAUGCUGGAGGGAAGACUGAAGGAGGAGGACAAGGACAUCAUCACCAGAGAGAAUGUUCUUGGGGCCCUGCAGAAGUUCAGCCUCAGGCGCCCCCUGCAGACAGCGAUGAUUCAAGACGGCCUCAUCUUCUGGCUGGUUGAUGCUCUGAAGGACCCCGACUGCCUGUCUGACUACACGCUGGAGUACUCGGUGGCUUUGCUUAUGAACCUCUGUCUCCGCAGUGCAGGGAAGAACAUGUGUGCUAAGGUGGCAGGCCUCGUGCUCAAAGUCCUUUCGGAUCUUCUUGGCCAUGAAAACCAUGAGAUACAGCCAUAUGUGAAUGGAGCUUUGUACAGCAUCCUUUCUGUUCCAUCCAUCCGUGAGGAAGCAAGAGCAAUGGGAAUGGAAGACAUCCUACGCUGCUUCAUCAAAGAAGGCAACGCUGAAAUGAUCCGCCAGAUAGAAUUCAUCAUCAAGCAGCUUAAUUCCGAAGAGCUACCAGAUGGUGUUCUUGAAUCUGAUGAUGAUGAAGAUGAAGAUGAUGAAGAGGACCAUGACAUCAUGGAAGCCGAUCUGGACAAAGACGAACUGAUCCAGCCCCAGCUUGGAGAACUCUCAGGAGAGAAGCUUCUGACCACGGAGUACCUGGGGGCUGGAAGACCAUCACACACCUCCCCAGACAGCCCAACACCCCACAAACGGCCACCCGCAGGCCCUGCCAAACCCUUACGAGGCAGUCUACAGGGAGGGCAAGCCCAGCACCCCGGAGUCCCGCGUCUCCUCUUCAUCAGCCAUCAACGCCAAGCCAGGAGAGUGGCUCCCAAGAGCACGCCAGGAGGAGCCUCACCCGGCCCCCACGGGGAACUCCCACCAGCCAAGGGAGGUGCCCCAGGACCCAGGCAGUGGAGAGACCACCAGGGAAUGUGCAUCAGCCUUCACCUGCAAGUCCCGGGCCCCCGGCACUCCAGAGAUGCUGGACUGGAACCUACCCAAGGCAAAGGCGUCAGUUCUGGCCCCUCCGUUCUCUUCGUGUGGCCCCCAGCAGGCCAGCCACCCCGGAUCCACAGCGUCCUCCACAAGGGGCCUGCCGAGCAGCCAGUCUCACGGGAAGUAAGGAUGUCCCCGGGUGUCCCCAUCACGUUGCCGGAGGACCAGCCAGCUUCCCAUUCUCAGCUGGCAGCAGCUGCCAGUGAUGGAUGUAAAGGGACAGUUGUCCACAAGACUCGGGGAGCUGAGGGGAGACCGGCUCUCCAGGCAGCACCAGACCAAGGCCAUCGCAGCCCCACCGGCCGGGUCACUUUCUCCCGGGGCAGAGCCACCAAGGAGGGCCAGGGAGAGCCUGGAACUGUGUCCUGAAGAGGGGGAUUUCCUGCUCACCCUUCACACACACAGGAGGGGGUGGCUUUUGCCCGCGGGAUAUCUUCUGGCCCCAGAAACAGCAGGUGCUGGAUUUGCAGCCCUGGCCCUCCAGGCCCCAACGGGGCGACAGUGUGGGGGCCAGCCUGGAGCAGGGCCUUUCCAAGGCAGCUGAAUCCAGCUCUCCUCACUCAGACCGACUACCGGGACCCAGAAGGAACUUAGGCUGAAGCUCAUUUUAUUCUCAAGCUUGUGUCUCAGCAGCAAAGUUGGUGUUUUCUUCCUCUGUUAAAAUCUGAGAAAGAAGGCCGGGCGCAGUGGCUCACGCCUAUAAUUCCAUCACUUUGGAAGGCUGAGGCGGGCAGAUCACGAGGUCAGGAGAUCGAGACCAUCCUGGCUAACAUGGUGAAACCCCGUCUCUACUAAAAAAAUACAAAAAAAUGAGCAGGGCGUUGCGGCAGGCGCCUGUAGUCCCAGCUACUCAGGAGGCUGAGGCAGGAGAAUGGCAUGAACCUGGGAGGCGGAGCUUGCAGUGAGCCCAGAUCAUGUCACUGCACUCCAGCCUGGGCGACAGAGCAAGACUCCGUCCCAAAAAAAAAAAAAAAAGACUGAGAAAGAAUAUGGCGUGCUCCACCCUCUUCAAAGCUCUGUGCUUCUGCACUCGUUUUUUGAAGGCCUUAAAAAGGUCACCAGUGUGACCAGGGAGCACCUUCUGCCUCCCUCCCUGCACCGGGACCAUAGACACAAACAGCUCUACCUGCAGAGUGGCCCGUCCUGCGGGGCAGGCCUGUGCGCCCCUCACCGGCGCUGUCGUCAGAGUCCAGACUUAGGGCAGAGGAAGGAUGUUUGCCUUCAGGACCAGCAAGUCACAGGUGCCCUGGAUGUUACCCAAGCUCAAAAUCAAAUAAAACCCAUCAGUAUUUAAUGCUCUGUGUGUGUGUGUGUGUGUGUGUGUGUGUGAAGGGAAACGGAAAGCAGAUAAAAGUCAUGUGCCCUCCCCCAGGCAUCUGAUCUGCCCACCAGACCCUUCAAUGGGGACAUCUCUGUGGUCCCAGUGGUCGUAAAUAAAGGCUAAGCACUGGAUUUUUCCACGGCCCCCGAUGCCUCAGGAGCACAGGCAGAGGAGGCAAACAGGAGGCCAGGUUACCCAAGAGAUGACCAGAAGCUCAUCCAGGGCCAGGACCCCAGUUAAUCUUGUGAGUUCUUGGCAGUGGCUCCAGGCUGGGCACAUUAGAUACUGUCGUGUGACUGGCCUGGUAGCCACCUCUUGGUUCUCUGGAAGUGUGUGAGGCCACUCUGUGCUCCGGGAAGAAGGUUGCCGUCCUGACCUGUCAGCCGCCAGGCCCUCUCUGAACUCCUUACUUGACCUGGAGGCUUCAGGAGCAAACCCACAGAUCGCCCCUGGUGUCAGUGGUGCAGACAGAGGAAAAGUACAGGGUUCCCAAAUGCUACUCCUCCGUGGUGAGACUUUGAAAAGGUGUAGAGUGGUUGCAGACAAACAGCAAAGGAGUGAAAUGGAAAAAUCUCUCUCGCUCCCCACAAGAAGUCCACUCCCCUCCAGAUUCCUCAGAUGCCACUGGCUGGCACAGCCUUUCCCGCCCUUGGUGUGGGAGCAGCAGAAAUCCAGGGGAUAGGAGAAUCAUCGGGGUCAGGUCAGUGUCUACCUCGUAUGAAGUCAACAACUACUUUUCCCUGGAGCCUACCAAAGAGCUAAAGUCUGAUCUGUAGUUGUCUGAUGGUUUGAGGAGAAAAGAUAAUCUUUUAGAGAAGUGGGGAGUAUCCAACUUAGGGUCAAAAUACACUGAGAUUAGGCUGGGCACGGUGGCUCACACCUGUAAUCCCAGCACUUUGGGAGGCCAAGGCAGGCGGAUCACUUGAGGCCUCCAGGAGUUCAAGACCAGCCUGGCCAACAUGGCGAAACCCCGUCUCUACUAAAAUACAAAAAAUUAGCUGGAUGUGAUAAUGUGCACCUGUAAUCCCAGCUACUCGAGGAGGCUGAGGCACAAGAAUCGCUUGAACCUGGGAGACGGAAGUUGCAGUGAGCCGAGAUCAUGUCCCUGCACUCCAGCCUGGGCGACAGACAGAGACUCCGUCAAAAAAAAAAAAAAAAAAGUUGAGAUUACCAGGUGAGAUAUGGGUGGUUCUUCCGGGAAAGUGCUGAAAAUCUCACCCAGGCCUCGGCACCACACCCUGGGAGAGUCCACUCCUGGGCGCACGCCUCUGCAUUCCAACGCUGACAGCUAGAAAUAUACUUUGUAAAAUACCAACAACUUAUUCACAAAUAUUCCAACUAUCUACUGGCUCCAAUGAGCUUGCUGAGGAUGGGUAGGACCAAAGUCUAAGGGGAAAAAAUCGAAAACACAAAUAAACCUGCUUAAAGGUCAGGUCUCCAGAUGGAGAUCCAAGCAGAUGGCUCCUAAGAUUUGCCCCUGAAAACUACCAAGGGAAGCCACAGAGAAGGAUAUUUGGACCUUCUAGAAAAUGGUAAGGCCCCAGGUGGAUUAUGCUUCCUCUGCCCUGGAGGCUGAGCCACCCCUAUGGUUACCUCAUAUCUUCUGGUGUCUUCUGAGUGGGACUUGAUCUCAUUUCUGCAUUAACAGCAAGGUGAAAUUGUCUGGCAAGAGCUUAAAUUAGGACCUGUGGUGGGGACUUUAAUAGGCAGGUGGAGGUUUGAGAUCCAGUUCGCUGCCAGAGAUUAGUCAAUAGGUGAGGAAAGAUUUGACCCAAAUCAAAAGAGCUAAAAAAUAAUAAUAAUAACAUAAAAAUAAAAAUAACAAUAAAAAACCCAGAUGAACAAAUAAGG